AGCAAUAGCAUUGACAGUGUUAUAUAUAUAUACAUCAUCUCAUCACUUUUCGACUGCGGCAUACUCCGUACGACCAACUUGAACUCGGAUAACAAAAUGCCGGCAGAACCUAACAGCGCAUCAUCUCUGCAAAUAUUGCGGAUCCCUAAAACCGAUGAACCCAACUCCUACGUGCUGCUCCGAGUUACCAAGUCACGCUCCGACCUGGCAGUCGUUGCCACGGAAGGGGAGAACCCAUAUACCGGUUAUAUCAAUCAGAGUCGGCUGAAGAACCUCCGUGCGAAAAGUUACCAAGGCAGUGACGAAGAAUGGGCUCAGAUUGUAUCAUACGUUUUUGGACAAUUUUCGUCGACAGUUGGUAAACCAAAGUGGUCACAUGGGAUCGAGGUCUCGGCCAGCGUCUCUGAUUCUGCGAACGAUGAAGACAAAGAGAUAGUCCUGACUAUACGAAAACGAAUCCAAACUAUAACACAAAGGCUCGGGUCCAUAAGCCUCAAACAAGAUGAUGAACAAACCAUCGAACUAUUUGACUGGCUUGGUGUUGCCGCCGCCAGAGCAUAUGCCUCCGAGGAGCGCUCUUCAUCACUAGCUGAUUGUUGUCGCAUCGCCGAGGACACUAUCCAGCAGCUGACGAGGCAGCUUGAGGAGCUCGUUCACGCAAAGUCCCACCAUGAAGAUCAGCUGGUUGCCAAUUUCGCUCAGUUGCUGAACGAGAAGAAGCUUAAAAUUCGCAAUCAACAGCGCCUAUUGGCCUCGGCCAAGGUAAAUCCAGUCAAGGUAUCUGAGAUACAAGCGGCAACAUCUAAGGAUCGCAAUUUAACACAGAAAAACAAGCGCCUAAAGCGCGAUCGAGAAAUGAGCAAAGAUGAAUCAGAAAGUGGAGAUGGAUUUGAAGAAAUGCAUGUGGAUCACGUUGGUAACCAAGGUCGGGAACAGGACCAAGAAACGGACGAUGAAGAGGGUUCAACUCCUCAGCCAUUAGAAGAUGGAGACAAUGGCACCACCACAGACGAAGAGUCCGUCCUGUCACAUGUCGAGCCAGAAAAGAAAGACGAUAACGUGCAAAAUUCCAACAUAAGUAAUGGUCCUAUGCUCAAGGAUCCUGCAGCUUCUCCGCCGCGAAGAGAACUCCCUUUUGCGAGGCGAGUCCCAGAAAAGAAGGAGGUACAGAGUCAGCUGCAUCAAGCAGAAGAUGAUGUCGAAAGUACUGCUGGAGAGACAGAUGAUGAUGAGUUGUGACAAAAGCCAUGACCACAUUGGUUUUUCGAAAUAGCACACAUUUUACAGGAUACUAUCUGAUACCUGAGCUCCGUAUUCAUGAAGUAUACUCAUAGAUCUUGGCGACACCCGUCGGAAUCUAAUAUUUUUUUAUUU